CCUUUGCUUUGCUUGUCGCUUUUGAUUUUUAGCCUUUCCAGCUAAAACUAAAAAUAAAAUCAGCAAUCUCUGGAUUCGGCCCAAAUAUUAUGCACGUUCGUUUGGUGAAAAUUUUCAGUGGUAAGAAAUAAAUUUGUUGCGGAAUCGGAAGAAAGUGAGCGUCGGAAGACAGGGGUUGCGUGAUCUCGGAUUUUUUUGGCCAUGGAUCAGCUGUCGAUCAACCAGAAGGUGUUUAUCCGCCGUUCGGAUGGCCGAGUCCACUUGGCGGGGAUUAUCAAGCUGGAGGGCGGUGCCAGUAACCUGGUGACGGUGGAGUGGCCCGAGGGACAUGCGGUGAGGGGCAAGGAGCUGCCCUUGGAGCUGGUGAUCAUGAUGAACCCGCAGAUCUUCGAUCCGCCCCGCUGCAGUGGCACCUUGGCUUCCAUACCACCGCGUUCCAUGAAGCAACGCAUGGCAGCAGGGAGUUUCCCCCCGCGUUUGGCCACUGCCACGCCCCGCCAGGUGGCGCCGCCCAGUCGGGAGGACGGUGUGGUGCUCCAGGUGGAAAGGAUGCGGAAACAAAGGGAACGCAGGCGGCAAACCCAAACGCAGGCUCGCCAGCGGCGGGAGCAGGAAAAGAGCGCGGAUCCCGGGAAUCCCAACUGGGAGAUAGCUAAGAUGAUAGGACUGCAACGCCUCCAGAUGAAGAGCCAUCCCUUCAAGAGUGGCACUACCGACAAACCCCCCAAGGAGCACCAAAUAGUGGUUUGUGUGAGGAAGAGACCGCUGAGGCGCAAGGAGCUGGCUGAUGGGGAACUGGACGUGGUUAGUAUACCCUCAAAGGACAUGCUGGUAGUUCAUGAGCCCCGAAAGCAUGUGAACCUGGUCAAGUUCCUGGAUAACCAUAGUUUCCGCUUCGAUUAUGUCUUCAAUGAGGAUUGCUCUAAUAGAACGGUGUACGAAUGUACAGCUCGUCCCCUGAUAAGACACGUCUUCGAGGGCGGAAUGGCCACCUGCUUCGCCUACGGACAGACCGGAAGUGGUAAGACGCACACGAUGGGCGGUCAGUUCACCGGAAGACAGCCGAGCUCCGUGGAUGGCAUCUAUGCCAUGGCCGCCGGAGAUGUUUUUACCACUCUGAAAUCACCUUCUUAUGAAAAGCUCCAGCUAAGGGUCUCCUGCAGUUUCUUCGAAAUCUAUGGCUCCCGGGUUUACGAUCUCCUCAUGCCGGGGAAGCCACAAUUAAGGGUCCUGGAAGACGGCAACCAGCAGGUGCAGGUGGUGGGUCUCACCGAGAAUCCUGUCCAGAGCACUGGCGAGGUUUUGGCUCUACUGGAACUGGGAAACAGUGUUCGAACCUCGGGUCAAACCUCGGCCAACGCCAAAUCCUCCCGAUCCCAUGCAGUCUUUCAAAUCGCCCUGAGAUCCUCGGCGAACAAUCGUUUGCAUGGCAAAUUCUCGCUCAUAGACUUGGCGGGAAAUGAAAGGGGUGCGGAUAACAGCUCGGCGGAUAGGGUGACCCGCCUGGAAGGAUCGGAGAUCAACAAGUCGCUGCUGGUUCUGAAGGAGUGCAUUCGGGCCCUGGGUCGCCAGUCAGGUCAUCUGCCCUUCCGGGGCUCCAAGCUCACUCAGGUGCUGCGGGACUCCUUCAUUGGGGGCAAGAAGGUCAAGACCUGCAUGAUAGCCAUGAUAUCACCCGGCUUGCACUCGGUGGAGCACACUCUGAAUACCCUGCGCUAUGCGGAUAGGGUGAAGGAACUGACUGUGGAGUCCGUAUCCCCACAACAGCCGACAGGGGCAGCUCACAACUUGGAAAGCAGUUCCCUGCCAGAUAUCAUAAGUCAAUCUCAGACCGAGAGUAUCUAUUCGUCUCCCUCGUCCAAAUCCCUCGAAGGCGUGGGAAAUCCGUCGAGGCCAGAGAAUGCGUUUAGUGACACCACCAACGAUUUAGACAGGGUCCAGGGGAGGGACUCCGAAGCCACCUAUCCCACUUCCGGUCGACAGUUGAGCCAAGGGAAGUCCCAACGCGCCCAGGAAGCUUCUUUAAUGCUGGCCAAGUCCCUGGCCCAAUUUAGAGGGCCCAACUUUCCCUGACCACCCAUCGAUUUCUACAACAAUUUCUUCUCUAAAUUAAAAAGGUUGUCAAAAUUUCGUGUACCUAAUAAAACUAAAGCAAGUUAAAACAAGUA